AUGUCGAACGUCGAACCAGGAAAAGCUAAGGCUGCAGGGAUCGUGGGUAUUCUAAUCCUCAUCACAGCCCUUGUCAAUAUUAUCUGUGGCUGCAUAUAUGCUGGUAUGGGUGCCAAAGAUGGUUCUGGUCUUUGGUCCGGUUUUGGGGUAAGUGCACUUUAUGUUUUUGUCAAGCGUACUAUAGUACCAGAGCUCUAUUUACAAGAUGGUCGGUGGCGUAGAGGCAAACGAGGGAGCGAGGACUCAAACCCGAAUACGUAGCACCCGCAAAGACCAGUUCGCUUGUUUCGGUUCGCUUCUAACGCAUUUGUUCGUGUGCUAAAAGGCUUCUAAAUUGCUUUCCUCUAUUGGCUAUAUAUGAACGAUUUUACUGAUUUUUCUGAUCGACUCCUUUUGCUCGUAAUUAAGCAAGUCGAAAGCUAUAUACCUGGUAAAUACAACGUCCAGAAUUUUUUAUUUUUUGAUGCAUACUAUUUUUAUGUCUCAUGAACUAGCUUCCAAUCAGGACAUGUUAUCAUUUUUUCCAGUAAAAUACGUUCGUUUAAAUUUGAAUAUGUUCCAAAAAUGUACAAUAUAAUUGUGGUUUUCCCGCUUAUGGAAACUAUUGUAAUCGUUUUUUCCAUUUUCGUAAAUCAUCAAACAGAAAAAAUAGUCAUUUUAGGACUUUAAGGGCAAAUAGUCUUUCGUUAAGGUCAUUUUUUUUGCUUGUUUAUACAUUAUCAAGAUCCGAAAAUACCCGAUUCUUCAAAAAGAUGUUAAAUAAUCGAAGAAACUUUUGUCUGAUUAUCAAGUUCAAACUGUGCGGGAGCCACGGGUGGUAUCAAAGUACAUCUAUUAUCCUCGGACUGGGAGUACAGAAACUUUUAUCGGCGACUGAGGUUUAUUGGACAAGAUUAAAUUUUGCGACUGCCGAAUAACAAAAAAAAGCGAAACCUUAGCGAUAAAGAAGGUCUUGGUUAAGUUUACUUCACAGGCUAGUUGCUACGGGACCUCAGUAACUAGCAGCCCAAGAUAACUUAAUCCACAACAAUCUGUUACUAAGGGUGAAAUCGCUUAUUCAAAUUUUUGCUAAUUAUUUGCUGAAUCCCCAGUGUAAGCACGGGGAGUCCGAAUGCUUUAUAGCUAUCUAAAAGCUUUAUAGGUUACGGAUCCUAAUUCAAUAAAAAAGAAACAAUUUUCCAGCUCGUCUUUGUCUAUCUUUGGUUGUUUUGGAAGGGUUUUGCAUUGACGCAAGACAGUUUCUCCUUUUGAUCUCAAAACAACAUCUCCGGAAAAUUUGUCAAAGCUGUGAAUGGAGAAACCUAUUGCGUAACGACAAAUGGUGGCAAGAAAACACUUUUUCGUUUAUUACGCACUAGCAGUUUGUAUUUAUUUACAAAUCGGUUAAACGAAAUUUAAAGAACGUAAAGAUCGUAAUUUCGCGUUAUAUUAUGUCAUCCCAUUUAAUAGAGAUCUUAAAAAGCAGAUUACGUUAAACAAAUUAAAAUGAGGGUUGAAACCUAGGUUUGAUCGAAUCCCGUCGAAAGCUCAAGACUGUUACGAAUCUUAUGCGUUGCUUAUGGUGUUGGGUCUUGCGAUCAGGCGGUCCUUGUCCAUUCCUGUUUGCAUGGGAGGCGUCCGCCAACUUACCCUGGCUACCAGGUUUUUCUCGCGUGAGGCGGGAAUUUUCGGUGUCGGCCUUCGGUCGUACGCCGAAGCCGCGAGAAAAACGCGCUUUUCGCGCGGGUCACUAUAAAGACUUGACAGAAACCAGAAACCGCGCUAGAAAAGUCUCUGGCACCCAGCGUACCGCCGACUUUCACGCUUUCCCCGAAGAAACAAGCCUGAUCGCAGGUCAUCAGCCUGCCGGCGUGUAGUAGUCAUUUGAACAGGUCUAAGCUCGACUGAGAAAUGAUACACAAUGUAUCCUCGUUCUGCACUUGCAAAUCAAUAAGUAAGGCAUUUGGAUAUGCAUGAAUUUUUAAGUUUAACUUUGUUUUUGUUUCCUUUUACAGCAAUUAGUCAUUGCCAUCCUAGGAAUUGUGACAUGGGUGAAAUUAGCCAAAAUGCCGGUAAGUUCAUCAUUUUAGCGCUGAAAAAGGAACAUAACUUUAAUUGCCUGAUGUCACAGUCAUUCAAUGAAAGCAGCAAAAUUUGACAGCUGGAAAAUAGUUAUGAGUACUCGGUCAGUUCUUCAAGUGUAAGGGCAAAAUACAGAAUUUUAGUAUACAAACACCAACGAAAUACCAGGUGAGGUUUCGCGCGAAAACAUGAGAUCUUCACACGAGAAAAUAACGUUAUUUUCACAUUUGAAAAGAUCACCGUUGCUAUGGCUACAUAAUAAAUCGCGCCUUUCGCAGCAAACAAAUUUUUCAGUGAAAUCGUUUGGAAUUUCAUUGGUGUUAUAUAAUUAAUAGAACAUUACAUGGCCGCUUGGAGAUACGAAAUAUCUCCGUGCGGCCAUGUAGUAUCCUCUAUUUAUUUACCAGUAAACAAAGAAAGGUGGGAAGUAGAAAACGGGAGACGGGGGAGUCUGAUCUGGCAGAUUUUAUUUUCAAGAUGGCGGGAAGAGUAAUGGUGGACGAUUGCCAUAUAUAUAGGACUGCUUCGCACCCAAACGUCUUUCUCUCUCGGUGUCAAUUUACGCGUAAAGGAAGGCAGGAAUUUUCUCCUUCCUAGUCAAACAAAACCGUUUUACCCGCGAUUUUUUGAACCUAACCAAAUCUUCCCAACAGUACGGGGCGCUCUGGUCGAGCCGUAUUUUCACACAGAAUUUUAUAUUCCGCUGUAAUUUGAGUUAAUACUUGCUAUGUUUCUUUGACGCAGUAGAUUUUAAUAGAGAUCCAGACUACAACCAUGAAUGACUUACUCAGGUAUACUCCUUGCUACAAUCAUGUGUUUCGUUUAAGUGAACAUGAUCUGAAACAAAACGAAUUUAAACCAAUCCACACCACGACAUCAAAUUUUAUAAUCAUAACAUUUUUUAUAAUUUAUAGUUCUUGUUUCGCUUACGUUGACCCUGUGGUGUAUGUCUAUUUUUUUUCUUUUAGUUUGUCUUUUUCUUGGUCAUGUCCAUUUUGUGGUUGAUCAUAUGUAUUGUUCAAGUGGUCGUUGCCCUUAUAGCUUGGUUGAUCUGGUACAUAAUCAGAAAGGGCGUAGAAGAACACUGUUAUCAGGGUUCAGACAGUUGUCUUUGCUCUGGACUUGACAAGAGUGUUCCCAUCCCAGGUAAAUCAUUAUUCCUUUUUAUUCCUAUGGUGGUUACAGCAAAAAUUCCUUUUUGAAGAAUCCUUAAGCUCUACAAAAUAGGACAGUUUCAUUCACGUAGCAUAGGACUUGCCCAUAGACUCAAACUUAAAACAAGUUCUCUAACAGUCAAAACUUUGUCUAGGAGAAAACUGAAAAAAAAAUCGAAUUAUAAUAUUACUGUGCAAACUGCAAAAUGUGUCUACUGUAGGUAGACAUCAAGCGGGGUAACUCCCUUAUUAAGCCUAAUUCCCAACAGGAUAUGGUUUUGGAGGAUUAUGAUUUUAAGUCAAAUAGCGGGAAUACAUUUUCAUUAUUUAGGGUUUUGAACAGGGUGUUUGUUCUAGACCGUAAGCCUUGAACAUGGUGUGAACCUUGGUGGUGCGCGACGUUUUUAAAAUAAAUCUAUGUUAUCAGUCAUUUUUAAAAACACUUAACUCUGUGAUACGAAAUGAAGUGGCCUGGAAUAAAGAAAUUUUGUCUUAAGCUGGGUCAGAGUUUGAAGGCCUUGGUGGCAGACCACAACUGAAACUUUCUUUAAAUGCCCCCGACCCUGCCACCCCAUAUAGAUAUCUGAGUCUCUUCGAGUCCAUUAAGGGACGGACCAUUAGAAAACGUAUGGGCGCCGGGGGAGGACGAAGUACAAAUAAAAUAUUCGCGCCAAAGGAAAUUAAAUGAAAAAAAAUUCAUGCACCCCAAUUAACCCUAAGAAAUAUUUAUGCUGCGGCCUAAAAAAAAUUCAUACAAGGACGGUUGAUAACGAAAACAAAUUCCUGCGGCUCGAAAAUUCCCCACCCCCUCCCCCCCCUCCAUAACUUUUCUAAUGGUCCGUCCCUUAACGCCUAUCACUAUGUAGUUGUUAAGUCUCUAUUUAUUUUUCUCCAUAGUGUCAAAGUGCAGCAACAUCAAGGUCAUCGAAAGCUGCAUCAUUGCCAUUGUGAUCACCACUGCUCUCUCCGUCAUUCUGAUUUUCGCUGCUUCUAUUAUUGGAUGCAUGGGGGUUUGCUGUGCUAAAUCCGAGGUAAGUCAUUUGUAAAGAUUGGUACACUUUAUCAUAUCGAUAGCCGCCCUUUAUGCUUAAGAAAACCAAUAAACUCCAGAUCGAUAAUCUCACUUUAAUAGAAGAUUAUUGAAACCAAAUAUUGUAAUGAGAUUCUGUUUGUGUAACGCUGUUAUCAAACUCUAACUUUUGCAAAGAAAGUGCCUAUGGUUCGGUUAAAGUUUGGCCAGUUUGGCAUAUAUUUUUGCCCUUUAAAAUUUCUUGUAACGGUUACUAUAACCUACGAUCAGGCGUUCUCUUUUUAUGGGGGAGUGCAAAAUUUGGCGAACGGGCAAGUAAAGGGCAGCAACUCCUCCUUCCCACGAAAGAUUUAUAAAGGUAUUGAGACGGUAUGAACGCAGGCUAGGGUGACUCAGUUAAGCUGCUUGGCUCUUUGCCUAUUGAAGUCAAUUGAGUUCUAUUUACAUUGAUUCUUCCUCUUAGGAGAGAGUCUGCUUCUCAGUUAUCAGUUACAUAUAUUUUCGGCGAUUUUUCAGCAAUUCAAACCCUUAGGAUAAAUGCAUGUCACUCAACAUUUCAUUUUGCCCUCACAAAUGUUACCAACCUCGAAAACUCUCAGUAUUCACAAUAACCUACGAGCACGCCCUUGUUACGGCAUGGGAGGGUGGAGUAACCUCCCCUUUCCCACCUUCCUUAGACAACAAUUACUCCCGGCUCCUGUGCGGACUAUAGUCAUAUGUUAACUUGAAUUUGAUUAGGUAGCAAGUGGGCUAGACUGUUCGUAAAACAUCGGCUACUACGACUUGAGCGUUAUUGAUCCGACCAACCUUCAGUCGCGUUAUAAAAGAAGCACAUAAUCCUCCCAUGAAUCUCUAUUAAAGCACUAAGCAGUAGCUCGAUCCUUUUUUAUUAAUUUGAUUGUUUUCUUUAUCUUCUUUGUAUUUAGACUAACGUUGUCGUCGUGCAGCAGCCAGGGAUGAUAAUGACACAGCAAGUGUCCGAGCCUCCUCCAAAGUACUAG